UCUCUACCUCUACUCAUAUUCUUCAGGAAUACAGAGUAUACAAAUCAAACAUUUGCUUCAGAAUUUAUUCUUCUGGGAUUGACAGAUGAUCCAGAACUGCAGCUCAUCCUCUUUGGAAUUUUCCUCUUCAUGUAUCUGGUCACAGUGCUAGGAAAUCUCAUCAUCAUCUGCGCUGUCAGUCUUAAUUCCAAACUCCAUACCCCAAUGUACUUCUUUCUCUCGAACCUCUCCUUCACUGACAUCUGCUUCAUCACCAGCACAGUCCCCAAGAUGCUGGUGAAUAUCCAGAAACAGAACAAUGCCAUCAGUUACACAGAUUGCCUUACACAGAUGUACUUUGUCAUUUUUCUUGGUGGAAUGGAAAACUUUCUUCUUGCAGCAAUGGCUUAUGAUCGCUAUGUGGCAAUCUGCCAUCCACUUAGAUACACGGUCAUUAUGAAUCCAAGCAUCUGUAUUCUGCUAACUUUGUUCUCAGUGCUCAGUAGCAUGAUAGAUGCCCUGCUACACAGCCUGUUGGUUUUGCGACUAUCCUUCUGCACAUACUUGAAAAUCCCCCACUUUUUCUGUGAACUUGCUCAUAUAAUCAAGCUGUCAUGUUCUGACACCCUCAUCAAUAACAUAGUGGUAUACUUGGCAACUUUCAUAUUUGGUGGACUUCCAUUUUGGGGCAUUAUUUUAUCUUAUGUUCAAAUUGUCUAUUCAGUUUUGAAAAAGCCCUCAGUAAGAGGUAAUUACAAGGCCCUUUCCACCUGUGGGUCACACUUGUCAGUUGUUUCCCUGUUUUAUGGCUCAGUGAUUGGGGUCUAUAUCAGCUUUGCAGUGACCGACUCAUCUAGAAAGACUGCAGUAGCUUCAGUAUUGUAUACUGUGGUCCCUCAGAUGCUGAACCCCUUUGUUUAUAGUCUCAGGAACAAAGACAUGAAAGAAGCCUUGAGGAAAUUAUGUGGUGGGAUUCUGUAA